CAACCACAUGCUAUAACUUCCUCGUGAUUGACAAACGUCGUAAAUAACAGGUAUUUUAACACUAAAACAUCUCGCUGUUCGCGGUAUAAUUCAACUUAAACGCGCUUUUGUUGAUACUUACUCAAUGCUAAUUAUGCACAGGCGUCUAGUAUUUGAAAUUGCGUCUGUGGUGGUACGCAAAUGAGAAUUGUUGACAAACGUUUAUGGCGUUUUACUCGCUUGUCACUGUUUGAUGGUAUGUGUUUAUCUUGUGGCACAAUUUGUUGACUUCUGGUUUAUUAGUUUCGUUUGCGUUUCGAAUCAUUGGAUCAGUAUAUCGAACAAACGAUCGCGCGUCGCUCGUUUGUGGCUUCUCCGUGACAUAAUUCUUGUCAUCUAUCACGCGUGUACAUACACGACCUUGGAACGUGAGCUAUUUGCUUACGAAAUAGUCACUUUACUUUCUGUUUUGUAUUUCAGCAGCACUGUCAAGUUAUUGAAGUACAAUCUCCCAGUAUGUCGGACUUUAAGAAAGCCCUGUCGUCGAACCAAGGGUCGCUUUCUGGAACGAAUGAUCGUGAAAUUUCACAUGAUCCUGUCAAGGGCAUUAACGACCCUGAAAUAAGAAGAGCGAAAACAGAUUAUGUUUACAAGACAUCUAAUUCUGCAACUACAGAAGAAACGAUUAGAGUUACAGUCGAGGAGCUUCCGGUCGACGAAGAUUUCAAAACACGAUUCUUCGAGGCACAAGACAGGCUUGGAGAGCUUGAACAGGAGUUAAGAAAUACUCGUGAAAAACUACGAAACCUCGAGAACGCCUGUGAAAAUACCGAGGAGAAGAUCGGCGUAUUGAAAAACGCGGCAUUUUCUUAUCACAGGUCUUUCUCAGAGCAUGAAGUGACGAUCAAAACGGUUGUGGAGGAAAAUAAGCUGUUAAAAAUCACCAUUGAAAAGUUUGAGGCGACAAUUCGUGGUUACAAAGAGGAACAAGAGAAAGUCGACGAAAUUAAAAGGGAUAACGAAAAUCUCAAAGAUCAGCUUGAUGAGGCGAGAAAGGGAAACGAUGAUUUAGUAGAACAGCUCGAUAAAUUGCAGAAGGAGUACGACGAUUUGCGUGACAACAACGGCGACGAAAAAGACAAUAUCUUGCUGGAAAUGGAGUCCCUAAAGCUCAAAUACGGAGAGAUCGAAACGGAAAAUGAUAAUCUACUGAAAGAGAAAGAAGAAUUGCGGGUCGAAGUAGAUGAUCUUGAACGGCGACUGAAGGACUUGCAAAUUAAAUUGUCGGCCGAUGACGUAGUUAUCGAGGAAAUGAAACAACAGAUUGUGGAGUAUCACGUGCAGAUUCAGCAGUCAGAGGAAAACUGCAACAACAGCCGAACGAGAAAUAUCGAGCUUGAGAAAGAAAUGUCCAUUCUGCGAGGCCUUGUAACCGAGUUGGAAAGUAGCUUAAAGGCAGAGAAAGAUAGCCGUGAAAGUUUGUUCCGCGAGGGCACCAACAGGCUCGAUAUUCAAAACAAGAAGAUUACACAGCUGGAGAUGAAUCUCAAAGAGGUUUGCAAAGAAAAGGAACUUCUCUACCUCCAGUUUGUGGAUAGUAAAAACAAAGCCGAGAUGGACUCCAAGCAAUGCACUAAGCAACUUAACGAAACCCAUGUCCGUGCUGAACUAUUCCGGAAAGAGGUGUCUGACAAGGAAAAGACGAUUUCUUCAUUGAAGGCUGAAAACGGAGAGUUGAGAGAUGAUAUUGCUCUGCUACAGAAGCAAUUAGAAGACCUUCAAGAUCGCGAUCUGUCGAAGUUUGCGGAGGACCUCGACAAGGCGGACGGAAAUGAUGACGACGAACUAACCAAAUUAAGGGAAGAAAACGAAGAGAUGACGCAAGAAUUGGAGCAACUGAGAGAUGAGGUGAUUUCUUUACAGAGCGAACUGGCUGAGAAAUACAUAGAGGAAGAAAAACCUAGGGGCGGAGAUUCAGAUGAAAUUGUGGUUGAGCACCUUCGAGUUGUUCAGAGAGUUCCACUGGCACCGAAUGAGGAUCUGAGUGAUUCUGAUGACUUUGAAGAGCAUAUAGUUGCGAUUGGAGAAACUCCUCAACUUGCUGCUGUUCCAAAGGAGUCUGGAGAUUCGUGGUCCAGUCAAGACUACUCCAAAUCGCAGAUACAAGAACUCGAAGAGCUUCUGGAGCGCACUAAGAAAGAGAAAGAAAAAGUCGAAGAAUGCUUAGAAGAGUCCGAAGAAAGAGCUAAGAAGACCACGGAGGAGCUGUCUAAGACCAUCACGCAGCUAAAUGAUCGAUGUGAAGAGAUGAGAAAGGAGCUCAUAGAGAAAGAAGCUGUAAUAAAUGAGCAACGAAAAGAUCUUGCUCAGGAUAAAAACACCAUCAGUGACCUGGAGGAAAAACUACGAGAGCAAGAAUACAUCGAAGCGGAACUGGAAAAAGCAAGGAAGGAACUCUUAGAGCUAAAAUCACAGGAGACCAUCGAAGACUUGAGUGAAGAAUAUGAGAAAUUAAAAGAGCAAUACCAAAAGCUGAUGGAAGAUAAAAAGAAGUUGAAAGACAACAACGAAGAUCUUCUUGAAAAGAAAGCAGACAUUGAAGAGGAGCUAGAGGAAAUGAAAGUUAAAUUCGAUAAAGGGAAAGAGAUGUACAACACUCUGUGUGACGAGAAUGAUGACCUGAAGAAAGACAACGACGAUCUUCAGAAACAAGUCGACAAACUAAGGGAAGAAGUGAAAUAUCUCGGUGAUGAACUGAAAGAGGAAGAGGAUUUGCACGUCACUGAGAAGGAAAAGCUGACCGGCAAGAACAAGGAACUGGGAGACAAGAUCCGUCGAUUGGAGGGAGAAAUAUCGGAUUUAAAAGCCAAGUUGAGAAAAAAGGACGAUGACGAGAACUGGAAGGAAAAGUUUGAUGAGUUAAAGCGAGAGAAGAAUUCCCUUCAAAUCGAGAAGCAACGCCUGGAACGAAACUUGGAAAGAAACGACGAUGAACAUGAGCAAACUAAGACCAAGUACAACAAAGUUCGACGUGAACUCACCGAUGCCCAAAGUGAGACCGCCAUGUUGCGUCGACAACUAUCGGAACUGAAGCUCUCCAAGGACUCUGGAGACCUGGAAAAGGAACUCAGGAAACUCAAGGAAACGCUACGAAAGAAAGAAGAAGAAAGCAAGAAACAUCUAACGGAGCUUGAAGAGCUGAAGCGAUCUUUGUUUCGUCAGACGAGUGAAGACGGUUGGCAGGAAAAGUUUGAAUCUCUGAAACUCAAACUAGACGAAGUUGAAGACGAAAAGGAUUCCUUGCAGAAAGAGAAGAAUAAUCUUCAAAAUGAUCUCCGAAAAGAUUCAGAAAAACUCGCUGAGCUCGAGAUAAAGCUGAGCCAGGCCAACAUGGAGAUAGAGGGGCUAAGCAAGGAUUUCGACAAAUCACAUACAAGAAUCACUCAACUGGAAAUUGAGCUUCAACGAUCUUCUAAACAGAAACAGCAAGCCGAAGAGCAAGCUAAAUGGAUCAAGAAGGAGCUGUUGACAAGAGAAGAGACAAUUAGUAAACUAGGAAAAGAACUGAAUGAAAAGAUGGAGGACAGUGACAAAGAUAACCAGAUAAUCGUACUCGAGAGAGAGAUACAACUCCUUCAAAGCAGAAUACCAGCGUCGGAAAAGGACGAAUCUGUUCUACAUAAUCGUAUCCGGUUCUUGGAAGACAGCGUCAAGGAAAUUAAGGAAAAAUUCGAUGGAAAGACCGUUCAACUGGACAAAUGUGAGAAGGAAAAGGAGAGCCUUAGUGUUCACGUUGUUGAACUUUCAAAAGAAAUUCAGGUCCUUUACGAGCGAUAUCAGGCGAGUCGCACAGAAAUCGAGAAACUCCGCGCUGGUCUUGUUGUGGUACCGGAAAAGACACCGGAAACCACGUCCCUAACUAUUGAUGUUGAAAGGAAACCUGAGGUGCAAUUAGGUGUAUUCGUACAAGAACGUGUACGCAGUCGUGUUGUUACCCCCGGGCUUGGUCGUAGUACUUCCGAGCUGGAGAUUUCCAUCAGCCAGUUGCCAGGAACUGUUGUUAUUGGAGAGCCUGUUGCAGUCACUGUGGACUAUGGUUCAGAGGGAAACCCUCUGGUUAGUCACCCUGUGGAACUCACUGCAUCCGAACCAGAAGAUAACGAUGAAGAUAGCUUCUCUCACGAAGGUGACGAUGAGGAUGUUCCUCCUGUUGUUUACUCAGCCCCGCAAGUUGAAAGUGCCCCACAAUUCAAUUUCACAUCUCCAUCUACCGACCCAGAGCGAAUUCUCGUGAGUGCUCAAGCCCUACCCAGGCCUCAGCUUCCUAAGAGUGUUGAUCCAGAAAGGUUCCCGUUUCUCAAGGCUUCCGGAGUGCGUCUCAGUGGGGGAGCCUUUCAACCGGUACCCAGCCGAAAUAACAAUCAACCAGGGCAGACUCUAGAGAAAGAACUAUCAGAUAAGGAGCUGAUACCAGAGGGAAGAUUUAGGGCAUUCAGCAAAGAGGAUCAGUUUAAAUUGGAUGGUCUCUUACACGCGCAUGCGCACCAUCAUGACCCACCUGACGUAUACAAUGAUGUGUACAAUCAGCCGCCUGAAAAUGGUGUCGGCAAUAACAAAGAGUAUUAUCCCGAGGAGCCAAAUGCACGGGAAGAAAGAUGGCCCGAACCCCCACCGUACGACUGGGAGGAACCACCACUGCAGCCCCCACGGGAGGCUUAUUCUUACCAGAGUAGCCCCGGUGGGGAGUAUCCUGACGAUUUUGACGGUCAGGUGGAAAAAUAUCCAGAUCCGUACAAAGUACCCCUGCGGAAACCGGAGGGCUCUUACAAAAGGAGAAUAAUAGGCGUCUAUGACAAUGACGGAACGCUCAUCGGGUAUCAAGACGUCUAUGAAGAAGUAACCGAUGAAUACGCAGAGGAAAUGAAUGGAGGAGUAGUGCCUUACCCGGAACCCUACGAACACAGGGGGGUGCCACACCCAUAUGAACCUGAGCAACGUCUUCCUAUCAAAAUUCCUUACACAAAUGAUACAAGAGGACCUGAGGAGGAUGAACCAGUAUUUUACGAAUACGACAGCAAUCAAAACGCAACCAAAGACCAAUGGUUCAGCCCUCAGCCAGGAGAACGAGUUCAAGAUAACAGAAAACACAACAAAGAAAGUGGCAGGAGCUAUAGACAUGGCUACCCUGAGCCAUACGGAUAUCUAAAUGGUGAUGGAGCACGCAGGAACAGGCCAGCCAUGGUAAGCAGCCAGUACGCUAGCGGUACUUAUUUGUAAAUGACUGGAUUAGAAGUGGAACAAUCACUGAGCGCUGAAGGUCCUCAUUAUUUCGGUUUCGUAACAAUGGAUCAUGCUUUAGAUCAUUUUCUAAGUAAAUAGCAGACAACAUAAAACCUGGACAAAAGAUUAGGUCCAAUUGAGUUGAUAAAGAGCUUUUCCUUAUCAUCAAGGAUUAGAAGUGGAACAAUCAUUGAACGCUGAAGGUCAUCAUUAUUUCGGUUUCGUAACACUAGAUCAUGCUUUAGAUCAUUUUGUAAGUAAAUAGCUGAUAACACAAAACCUGGACAAAAGACUAG